AUUGUUGUAGUUCUAUUUCGACAAUAUAACAUCAAUACAAGACAUAAUUGCUGCGAUUUACCACAGCUGUAUAACAUUUUUGAGGCAACACAUCACAUGUUCUCGUUAACAAGAGAGUUACUGCUUGGUCUGUGUUUUUUUGUUGUUUGUUUUGUUUUUUAGCAGCAUCGAUGGUCCCGUUCUCAGACUUUCUGCCGUGGGGCUGCAAACAAAACGUCAAACCUAAUUAUUUCUUCGUUGACAUUUUGGUUUGACAAUUAUGACAGCCAUUAUAAUAUGUAAUCAUGGGAUAUGUUGGAAUUCUCUAAGGCCGGAAACAAAGCAAAUCAUCUAUUUUUAUUUUCCUCUUUUUCAUUUUUAUAUUCCUGUGUUGGUAGUUAGGUUUAUGGUUUUUCAAUGGUCAUAUCUAAUUCAUUGUUUUAUAAAAAUCGAAAGUCCCAUAAAUUAAAAGUUUCGGUAUUCUUAGGGUAAAAAGCACUACUCCGUUAAUAAGCAUAGCAACUAAUUAUGCCCGUGCGUAAGUGCUUAGCUGCCGGAAUGGGGCCCUGUUGGCUCAGCUGUCGAUCUGACUUGGAGCACCUUGAUAAGCCUUCAUGGUCAGAAAGUAAACAAAUUGUCGUGUAAAGUGUUGACUGUCCACACAACUGGAGAGAGUCAAACUGUUGCUCUGAUGUGUCGAGAUUUCACAACAAACUGGCUGACUGAUUACCGUCUACUCUGGUCGUUCCUUGUCAAAACAACAUCGGAUGCAAUAAUGUCUAAUGCAGGUGACAAUGGCAGACCGCUCAGCAGCAGACAGGGCCUGUAAGGACCCCAACCCCAUCAUUGAUGGCAGGAAGGCCAACGUGAACCUAGCUUACCUGGGAGCCAAACCCCGGGUGAUGCAGCCAGGAUUCACGUUUGGCAUACCCCAAAUUCAUCCAGCUUUCAUCCAAAGACCUUAUGGGAUUCCCGCUCACUACGUCUACCCACAGGCCUUUGUGCAGCCCAGCGUGGUCAUUCCCCACGUGCAGCCGACCGCCACAUCUGCCACCACCUCCUCGCCCUAUAUUGACUACACGGGUGCGGCCUAUGCACAGUACGCCAGUGCUGCCAGCGCAGCUGCCGCUGCUGCCGCCUAUGAUCAGUACCCCUAUGCCGCAUCCCCCGCCGCGGCUGGCUAUGUGGCCACCACUGGCUACGGCUACGCCAUGCAGCAGCCCCUGACUGCAGCUGCCCCGGGCUCUGCGGCAGCGGCAGCGGCUGCAGCUGCCUUUGGCCAAUACCAGCCACAGCAGCUGCAAGCCGACCGGAUGCAAUAGCAGCGAAUGGCGUGGAGAGGAGAGGCGAGGGGAACCAACGCCCAGCAACUGCUCAUUGGCUGUGAAGGGGAGGAGGAUGGGGAAGAGCAUAGUUAAAGGGUGUAUUGCUGGAGGAAGAGUUAGUGGGAAGAGGAUGGUGAUUGGUGGAGGUGGGAACUCCAUGCUUUCCAAAUUGCUGUGAUUAAACCAAAACAGAAAAACAUGAAAAAAAUAACAGAAAAGUGUAAGGGCAGAGGGUUACCUUUUUACCAUCAUCAGUAAUAUUAUUGUUAUCUUUGUGAUUAAUAUUGAAGUAGUAUAUUUAUUGUUAAAGGAGAAGGCAAUGACUAAUCACUGUGGGUUGGAGAUGUAGAAGAAGCCUUAUGUCCCAAUGCUGUUAUUAAUGUAGGAGAGUGUUCUUGAAGGACUUUAGAUGUCCCCACAGUGUUUUGAUUUUGAAGCCCUCUAACUCAUAUUUAUUCUCUUUUUUGCGGGCUUGUUUUGAUCUGUCUUCUCACAUACACUUCAAGUUUUUUUUUUCAGAUUAUCAGGGAAAUGGAGCAUUUUUCCAGCAAGACAAACUCUGCCAAUCAGGGACUAAUAGAGGCAACUAUGGAGAAAAGAAAAAGUAGCAUUGUCUCGCAUGUUCAGAACUACCUUUAUUGUCUUCCUGAUGCUGAAUGUCCCCUUUCUCUGACUCUUGUUUUUGACCUCUCGACCUAUGCAAAGCAACCAAGCCACCAGGAGACAGAACAAACUCGCAGAGAUAUUCUGCCACUCCCUUCCUAAGGACAACAAACUAUUUGAGAGCACUCUGAAAGAACAUAAUACAUUUUAUUCUUUGCCUAUACAGACCCACAAGCGCACAGACAUGCACCCACAACACUAAUUUCUUCAACACUAUUUAAGUGAAGAAAGUACAAACACACCAGCACAUUCUUACAUGUACAAAUACACAUACAUACUCUCAGAAUGGAUAGGAUUUAAUUGAAAGCAGGUAGAUGCUGAGUGGGGAGGGACACACAUGCAUAAACACAUGUGCAUGCACACAUAGGUACACCCAAAUACGUAUGAGUGCACACGUGCAUACAGAGAUUGCUCUGGAAAGAACAGAUCACUUGUGCUUGUUUUUGGAGAUGUCACAUUUUAAUCCCUGGGUCCUCUUGGGAACAGGUCCCCUCCAGCCCUGUCAGCAGAUCCACCUAUGUCCUAGAGAGGGCCUGGAGGCUUAAACACACACAUACUCUCUACGAUCACUCCCACCCUAUCCCGCACUCACGGGACUGCUCUCCUGCAUAGCUCCUCUCUGGAAUGGGCCAUGGAGCUACAGAAAGGUGGGGGGCAGGGGGAAGAGAGAGAUACACGUGCAGGCUUUUCAGUCUGUACCAAUGAACCAAUCAUCUAUCCACCAGUCCACACUGAUGAUAAAGAUCUCUGUUCUUUCUGUGCUCAUGCUGAAUAAUGUCUCUGCACCAGCAUGUCUUUCCUAGUGAGAGAUGACUCUAAUCUCCGUUCUCUCAGAACUAAUGUACCACCUUUUUAUUAGAAAGCAGCACUAAAGCUGAGGGUUUGAAUACAAGUAUGAGGGUUCUUUUGUGUGCCUUACAGUUGUAAUGCUAUUUAAAGAAAAAAAAAGAUCUACUAUUUAAGAUAUUUAUUUGGAGAGUUAUGUUGCGCUCUAAGGACAAAGACUUAGUGGCGGUACUGUAUUAAUAUGUUUUCAUCUCAUGGCAUAUUAUAAGUUAUUGAAUAGAUUUUGUUGUAGUAUCUUUAACAUACUCAACCAAAAAUGUUGACAUAGGACUUAUUUAAGAUGCAAUUCUGUAUGUGCACUGUACAAUUCUUUUUUUUUUUUUUUUUUUUUUUUUUUUUUUUUUUUUUCUCCUUUGAGUUUUGAUUUUGAAUUUUAGGGCAUCACAUUAAAUAUUGGCUAGUUUAAAGCCUAUUUUACAAUAUUUAUUUAAAUUAAAUAUUGGCUAGGUUAAUGCCUAUUGUACAAUGUUUAUUUAAAUUAAAUAUUGGCUAGAUUAAUGUCUAUUGUACAAUGUUUGUUUAAAUGCAGGCCUGUUUGCAGGAAAGCUCUCUUGUCAUCUAGGACUGUCAAAAUUUAAAGAAAAAAUAGGCAAACACUAAGGACCCUGCUGCAUCAUAUACUAGAAUGUAUAGUACUUGUCAAGGUUGAAUAGCUGUGCUUCAGCUGCUUUUAAUAUACAUCAAAUGGGCUAUUUUACACUGUUGGGAAUUUUUAUACUUGAACUAUUUCUUACAAGGGAAAGUCCGAUAAAGAAUAACCGGAAAAAACCCCAAAAACUUUUAAAGAUUUUCAUUGUCACUGGAUAUGGGCAUGAAAGGUGUUAUUUACUAUUUAACGUAAAUAAAGGGCCUAUUGGUAAAACCUAUUUAAACCUUAUUUCAAAUUUUCAAUACCAUUUACUCCAAAUGCAAAUAAAAGCAAAUAAAAAGGUUCUGUAUUUCAACCUGA